CGCCUCCAGCGGGGGGACGAGCACUAGAUCCACCCGCCUAUGGGGCCGGAUCAUAAAUAACUGCACAGGAUCGAAUCCCAACUGUGGCCACUUCCUCUGUCGUUUGGACCGCCUUUGGAGUGACAUGGCGACGUGCUGUGGGCCUGGAACCGUGUGAGACGAUGAAGAAGCUAACGAAGUUGUCCCCAGAAAGGCAGUGAGGUUCCUUAAAGAGGCGGGCUGUUCUUAAAGACGGGGGCGGAGAUCGGAUUGAGGUGGGUUCGAGCAAGCCUUAAGGGGGAGGGCAGCAAAGUUUGAUCCACAAAACUCAGCACAAACAUUCUUAUUAGGCCAAACGUGGUACGACUUGGGACAACGCUUUCAUGGCAACUUGUCUAACUGGUUAGUACUUCAGUACACUUGUAGUGUUGGAGACUGGAAGUUGAGAACUAGUUUUGUUGGACGCGGUGGUUUCAAUGGAAGGCGAGUCGUGCAGGUACAGGCCCAACUCCACUCCGGAUAGCCCGGAGUCCGUCCGCAUCACCCUCGGCACGCCCCGCCACAACAACCGCGGUAGUGACUACACCGUGAACGGCGAUGGGAGCAGCAGCAGGCGGGGGUCCCGAGCCGGAGUGCGGAGGCGGUUACUCCUGUUUGAGAGAGCCUCUGGUUCCUGGUGGGACCCCAAGUUUGACUCCCGACACUUGGAGCAAGAGUUACAGCGAUGCCAGCUGCCAGCCACCAGAAAACGAUUCAGAUAUGCCUUGUGUUACAUAGCAACAGCCUGCCUUGCGUGGAUAAUCUACUUUGCUGCCGUCGGCGUGAUGAACCAGAAGGGUCGCUACCAGAACUGGCCGGCGUUUGUCGGCGGCAGCGUUGUCUUCCUGGUCAUCUGUCUGGUGUUACUGGGGCUGACCUUCACCAAGCUGUACGAGAGGUUCUUCAGUUACAUGUCCCUGAUCCUCACGGUGGCUCUGUUUAGCGUUAGUCUUGCCGCCGUGGGCUUCAGCGAAGGUUGGAUCAUCUCGUCCGUCGGUGCCUUUAUGAUAUGUGUGGAAAUCCUCAUCAUGUUGUACACAGUAAUCCCCAUGCCCUUGUAUCUCAGUGUUGUGUCCGGUGUCAUGUAUUCCGUCGGGUUCCAGAUCAUCGUCGGCGUGACCAAUCAGGAGAUCGGCCAGGAGCUGUCGUUACCGGUACAGAUCAUCACUAAGAUCCUCAUGCACCUGUGUAUACACCUGGUGGGGAUCCACAUCUACAUCAUGACUCAGGUCCGCAAACACAGCACCUUCUGGAAGGUGGGGCAGUCCAUCAUGGCUCGCCGCGACCUGGAGACGGAGAAACAGCUGAAGGAGAAGAUGAUCCACUCCAUCAUGCCGCCGCAUGUCGCCAGCUCGCUCAUGAAGGGCGCCGAGGACGAGCCCGAAACGCCCAAGCGCAUGCGGAGCCCGAGGAACAAGAAGAAGGCGAACGUCCCACCGAAGGAGUCCAUGUUCCGAACCUUUAACAUGCACCGGAUGGAGAACGUGAGCAUCCUGUUUGCCGACAUUGUCGGGUUCACCCAGAUGAGUAACAACAAGUCUGCGGAACAGCUGGUUAGUCUCCUGAACGACCUGUUUGGACGGUUUGACCGUCUGGCGGAGAAGACGGGCUGCGAGAAGAUCAGCACGUUGGGAGACUGUUACUACUGCGUCGCCGGCUGCCCCGAAGCCAGGUCGGAUCACGCCGAAUGCUGCAUCGAGAUGGGGCUGGGCAUGAUCACCGCCAUCAGGGAAUUCUGCGCCGAGACCAACAACGACGUGAACAUGAGAGUCGGCGUGCACACAGGGACCGUGCUCUGCGGCAUCGUCGGCACCAAGAGGUUCAAGUUUGACGUGUGGUCCAACGAUGUGACUCUCGCCAACAAAAUGGAACAGUCGGGGCUGCCCGGGCGCGUCCAUCUGUCUGAGGCAACGCUGGAGUAUCUCGGUGACAAGUACAAGACAGAAGAACGGGAAGCCGAUAAACGCUAUUCAGGAAUACCUGGCAUGAAGACGUACCUUAUCGUGAAUGCGGAGGAGCAGCCGCCGCCGCCGCGCCCGCUGUCAUGGCGGGGAAAGCUGAUCCCGCUCAACUCCAACCUGGAGCUGGACAAGUCAGCGCUGUCGGACAGCUGCAACAGCCUGCUGGACUCUAACGAGAACGACCAGACGCCGUCAGCGGAGGAGGGGGGCGAGGAGAAGAAGGAGGAGAAGAAGGAGGAGAAGUCUCACAAGCCGCUGUGUAACCAGCCCAGCGCCACCAGCCUGCCUGAACCCGCGCUGCUGAGGCCGGGCAGCUGUAACGAGGACAGCCUGGGACUACCAUUGCCAGGCAGCAGGGACAGCAUCCACUCCCUGCCAGGAACCGGUUCCUAUGGCAACAGACUGUACCCACCAGGCAUGGGCAGUGGGAGCAGGAAGUCCAGUCUGCGCACACAGAUGGUCGCUAACCGGAUAGAACAACAGAUGACUGGGAAGUCGUCCCAGGAGAAUGGUCAGCCGUCCAGCGGGAUCAGUGACCAGCACUUCAGCUCCAGCCAGCAGUCCGUCGCCUCCAUGGUGGCAGAGCGCCAGCGGGAGAGCAGCUGCGCCCUGUUCAUCGACCAGGUCAUCACCCCGCUCAACCAGACGCUCACGCAGUUUCACCAGAUCCGAGAGCGCACGGACAAGAACCUCAUCGAGAACAUCCGCAGCGAUCCGUACAUGUCGGACGUAUUUCUAAAACCUCCCAUCAACAUGUUCUCCCUCAACUUCCUGGACCCGGAGCUGGAAAUGCGAUUCCGCGAUCACUACACGACGGAGAUGGAAGACGAGGGGAAUCCGAACGCCGUUCAGACCUGCGCCCUCCCGCGGUUUAACAUGUUCCUGGACGUCGUGGUUUCGUUUGUCGUUUUCACCAUGAUUUCCGUCGGCUGCUUCCUGUUGUUCCAUCCCGCCAGCGUGCCGUGGAUUGUGGUCUUUGUCCUCGCGUUCAUGAUCAAAGUGGUGACUCUGGUGGCGUACACACGAGAGGCCUUCUACAUCGGUUAUCUGUCGGACUGCUCCCAGCAGCUGUCGCAGUUCUUCUCGCGGUGGGUUCUACGGCAGCUGUACGGAGCCAUCCUUAUCAGUCUUCCAGUGGCAGCCGUCUACUGCAACAUGGUCUGCCACUUCCAGCCCGGCCUGCAGUACUAUCUCAUGUCCGUGGCUCUCCUGCACUACACCAACUUUACCCAGCUCAGCUCCUGGAUGAAAGCAGCUCUGGUUCUCAUCGUGGGGAUAAUCCUGAUCGUCUUGGUCAACGUCGACAUCAAUAACAUCUGCGUGGAUGGACUGAGCAACGUCGGCCCCACCGUACUAGCCAACACCAGCACCCCCUCCCCCACAUCCGCAGCAGAUUUAUUCCAGUUCUUUCAAUACGAUAUCAUCGAUGUGGGGUUGUUGAUCAUCCUCAUCAUCCUCUUGAACCGCGAGUUUGAAGUCAGCAACAAGUUGACGUACCACGGUAAGAUAGGUGCGGACACCGAUAGGAAAAAAAGCCAGAUAGAAAAGGAGCAGGCUGAUUGGCUGCUGGGGAACAUCCUGCCCACCCACGUGGCAGACACCCUGAAGGUGACCCAGAAAUACUCCCAGAACCACUCCUCCGUCGCUGUCAUCUUCGCCACCAUCGUCAACUUCAACGAUUUCUACGAGGAGAGCUUUGAAGGUGGGAAGGAGUGUAUCCGUGUCUUAAACGAAAUCUUCAGUGACUUUGACGACUUGUUGGAGAAGGAGGAAUACGCCAGGCACAUCGAGAAGAUCAAGACAAUCGGCAGCACGUUCAUGGCCGCGUCGGGACUCAGUCCGGAGAGUCAGAAGGACCGCGAGAACCCCGACAAACACCUGAUCGUCCUCAUGGACUUUGCCCUGGACAUGCAGAAGGUCAUCAACAAGUUCAACGAGGACAUGCUCGGCUUCCACUUCAUCCUCAGGAUAGGUUACAACCACGGGCUGCUGACCGCUGGAGUUAUCGGAACGACCAAGCUGCUGUACGACAUCUGGGGUCUGACGGUCAACGUGGCCAGCCGCAUGGACAGCACGGGCAUCAACGGGCGCAUCCAGGUCAGCGAGCAGUCCGCCAAGGUCAUGCAGAAGUACUUCGAGUUCGAGCCCAGGCAUGACGUGUCUGUGAAGGGGAUCGGCAACAUGAUGACGUACCUGCUGGUGAAGAAACAUGACAACGUCCACUACUGAGGGGACAACAUCACAACACGUCUGCUCAACAUACUGCACCUGCACAAAACACUGAUUUUUCACGUUUUUGUCAGAUGUUUGGCUACACGUUGCAUUAGAAUUUUGCCUGUUGCAGACGAUAUCUUUUCUGACACAACAUUUGAAAACUAUAGAUGGGAUCCCAUCCUUAAAUAGGCGAAUAAAACCUUAAAAGAGACGUUCUGUUGAUGUAUUAUGCUCAAUACAUUUCACACAGGUGCAGUACGUUCUGCCAACGUGCUUAACAUCACCAGACUCAGGUUGAUGGUGGAGUGAGUCGAUAUUAGAUUGUGUAGAAGUGCCUUUACAUACAUGUAGGAAAAUAUACAUAUUCUGUUUCCCAUAGCUGGGUGAUUGCUUGGCUCACCGCGGGUGUCAUACAGUAGGAACAGUUCCUAUCUGUCCAUACACAAAUGAUAUAGAAGGUGCCAUACAGAAAAAGGCUGGUCCCUUCAAUUACAAUUGUGUUGACAAUCAUGCAUGAGAUGAUCUGCCAACAGGGCUCAAAAUUCAUGUUUGGGAAUAGGUGCACUGAUGCAGCCAAUCUACAAAAUUGGGUGCACAAAAAAAUUUAUGGGUUCACCAUAUAAGGUAAUCUGUGUAUAAAAUAAAGUACUACAACCAAGAUUUUAUUAUUUUUCUGACACUUAGGUGUUAAGAAUUAUGCCGUAUACUAGUAUAAAUUUGAUAUCUUUACAUAUAUGUAAACCUACGAAA